ACCGCCCUUAAUUUAACUUACCACUCCGAGUUGUCUGUUUCUCGCAAUGCUAUUCCCCUUAAUCAAAUGUUGUGUGAUCGACAUGAUGAAACAGUCUCCGCCAAUCCUGGGGAUGUCUUUUGUUUAUGUUCCUUGAUUUGGACCUUUGAUCGUCCAAAUUUCGAGUUUUGCGAACCGGGUUUUGUCUGGUUCAUACAGCCUCAGCCCGGGACCAUUUCAAAGCACAAGAAAAUGAGUUGAUCCUCCUCCUGAUCUGUUCCUUCCGUUCCCGGUUUCGGGUCAUGUUUGUCUAUGUUUAUAAAGGGGCUGAGUCUUUUCUUGCUUUGAGAGAUUGUGCGUGACAUGAGUUGAUUGCUGAGAAGCCGCUUGGUUUCAUUCUUCUGUGAGGACUGAGGACCAUUUUCAUGUGUUCUGGUCUCUUUCUCAAGCUUUUCAUGUGUGGAAAGGAGGCUCCUUUUUUCUCAAUCGGGAGGAGUGGCUGAAGUAGUCCGAAUUGCACUUGGCUAAAGCUAUACGGUUCUCAGAAGGAGCACAAACAAAAGGCAAUAACUUUCGGGAUUGUUAUGGAAGGGGUGCGUCACUUCAGUUGGAAGUUCAACUCUUCACUCAAGCUGGAAAAUGUGGAGGAGGAGGAGGAACUGAAAGGAGCCUCGUCACUGCCAUCGGUCCCUCAACCAGAGACGCCAAAGGAGCCGAUGGAGUUCUUGUCGAGGUCGUGGAGCCUUUCCCCAUCGGAGGUAUCGAAAGCUCUGGCUCACAGAAGGAACGACAUUCACACGAUACGCAACAAGAACCUCAGUACAUGUCCCCAGCCACAGGCACCGGUUGCUCCUCAACUUCUUGCGGCGAAGGUUAUGAAUUCAGUUCAUGCUAGGAGGAUGGGGGGGUCUCUUGGGAAAUGGGUCCACCACCACCUCCACCACCACCACCAUGGUCAUAAGGAGCACGAUAGGAACGAGAUGAAGAAGAAGGAGAGCGUGCGCAUGGAAAAUGCACACGUGCAUUCGGCUAUUUCUAUUGCCGGGCUAGCUGCUGGUCUGGCUGCUGUGGCUGCAGCGGAAAGCUCCAAUUCGGAAUCAAAGAUGAGCGUGGCUUUGGCCUCAGCCACAGAACUACUAGCAUCACACUGCAUCGAACUAGCUGAACUAGCCGGAGCCGAGCAUGAUCGAGUGGCAUCUGUUGUCCAAUCAGCUGUGGACAUACGUAGCGCGGGAGAUCUCGUGACUCUCACAGCAGCCGCCGCUACAGCUUUGAGAGGAGAAGCGGUGCUGAAAGUAAGGAGGAGAAACGAAGCGAAGAGGAACGCGGCGAUCAGUCCCUAUGACAGGGGAAUGGCAGAAACACAUACCAUAAAGACGCUUCGCAGCCACAUCGAAGAAAGCAUUACUCCCUGUGAAGGCGAACUUUGGCAGCACACAACAAAAGGGUUAUUUCAAAUGAAGCAUGCGUCUGUAUACAUUAACAAAAAGUCCCAGGUCAUUCUUAAGCUAAAAAGCAAGCACAUUGGAGGAGCAUUCUCAACAAACAGUAAAUGCAUAGUUUAUGGACUCUGCGAUGAGAAUUCCGCCUGGCCAUACAGGAAAGAAAGAGACAACCCCGAAGAAGUCUUCUUCGGUCUCAGAACCGCACAGGGUUUUCUAGAGUUCAAGUGCAAGAAUAAUGCCCAUAAGCAGAGAUGGGUCGAUGCGAUUCACAACCUUCUUCGUCAUGGCAACUGGGUUGAAGCUACAGAGUGCUCUCCAGAGCUUCUAAACAUCAGCAACAGCAUCAGCAUAUGAGUUCUCGAUGGUGUCUGUUCCAGCAAUUGGACAUGAAGAAACUCCAUCAAUGAAAUCAGGAGUCUGAAUCCGAUGCCAGUUUAUAAUUUGACAGUAUACAUCUUUUCCCCCUCUUCCGAUCUGUUACAUUUGGAUCCCAUAGCAACAAUGAAUUUACAGAUUAGCUUCUCUCAAUUUUCAUCCAAGUGCAUUGUGAAAGCAAGUUUAGUGACAGCAACAGAUGUGGAGACAUCUCUAGUACUCUUCACAGGA